CAUGGAAAAUUUCACAAGCACAACCGACAAGGUUCGAUUUGGGUUUGGUUGUCUCUGAAACUUAGCUUUUUUCUAACUCACUCCACAUCCAAUUCACUUCCACUUGCCACACUGCAAAUCUCACUCUCACUGAUUCACUGAUUCUCAACUCUCUCUCUCUCUGUGUGUUUGUUCACCAGAGCAGAACCAAGAUGGGUUCUGUUUCUCUGAAAAUAGGAGAUGGAACAGCCAGAUUCAAAAGAGCAACUCUGUGUUCUUCAGCUGUCAACAUUCUCAUGAUUUUCUCUGUCAUCACCACCAAUCUCUUUGCUCUCUAUGCUUUCACUGCUUCACCAAAACCAAAUCACCAACUCCUCCACCAUGCCCACAAGAACAUCUCCAUCAUCUCAGAGCAGGUCUCACUCAUACUCAGAGAGAUCGAUUUAUCUCAGAAGCAACUAGCCCAGAUGGAAAAAGAGCUUCUUGGCUACGAAAGCAUUGAUCUUUCAAGACCCAAUAUCGCAAACGAGCUCAAAAUCUUCCUCCAGCGCCACCAGCUUCCUCUGGGGAAAGAUUCAAGAACUGGGAUCACUGAAAUGGUGCCAUCUGUGGGCCACUCCUGUGAGAAAUCUUCAGACUUGUUGUCUCAGUACAUGAGUUACAAGGCUUCUGGAUCUUGCCCUGAUGAUUGGAGUUUAGCUCAGAAGCUGAUUUUAAGAGGGUGUGAGCCUUUGCCAAGAAGAAGGUGUUUUUCUAAAACUGUUUCCAAGGUAGGACUUUCCCCUUUUCCUGAUUCUCUUUGGAUAAAUGUUGGUAACAAGACAGUUAAUUGGAGUGGUCUCAAUUGUAAGAAUUUUGAAUGUUUGAAUGGAAAAAAAUUGAGCAGAGAUUGCAUUGGUUGCUUUGAUUUGGUUAGUAGCAAUGAGAAUCAGAGAUUUGUCAAAGGUAAAAGUAAGAAUGAUUUUGUGGUUGAUGAUGUCUUAGCAUUGGGGAGUGGUGGAAUUAGAAUAGGGCUUGACAUUGGUGGAGGGUCUGGAUCCUUUGCUGCUAGGAUGGCUGAUAGGAAUGUUACUGUAAUUACUAACACUCUGAACAUUGAUGCCCCAUUCAGUGAGUUCAUUGCUGCAAGAGGGCUUUUCCCACUUUACUUGAGCUUGGAUCAUAGGUUCCCUUUCUAUGACAAUGUGUUUGAUCUGAUCCAUGCUUCAAGUGCAUUGGAUGUUGGAGGGAAGCCAGAGAAGUUGGAGUUCUUGAUGUUCGACAUUGAUCGGGUUUUACGCGCCGGUGGUUUGUUAUGGCUGGAUAACUUCUUUUGUGCCAAUGAAGAGAAGAAACAAGCUUUGACAAGGUUGAUUGAAAAGUUUGGAUAUAAAAAAUUGAAGUGGGUUGUGGGAGAGAAGGUUGAUAGUUUUGGGUCAGGGAAGCCUCAAGUGGUGUUAUCUGCAGUGCUUCAGAAACCUGUUAGAGCUUAAACCUUAGGAGCUUAUACAACAAAACAGCAACAAGUUAGAAUAAUCUUGAUUCUGCUAUAUCUCGUUCGCAUUCGCACGUAAUUUGUGUGAAUGAAUUGCUUCCAUCAUCAUCAAAUCACCAUUGGAAUUGGAAUAAGUACAAGCAUCAUUUCCUUGCCAAUUGUAAACCAACUUUUUGAGGUGACUUGUAUCCUGUAUUUUGAAGUUAUGUUCCAUAUCUUAUUUUGUGUACUAGCUGUUCUGUAAUUGAUCAAUUAUUAGGAAAUGAAAAAUGAUAUUUUUUCUUUGGAAGUUAUAGUGUCAAUUUAGUCUAUAUUUUAAGGUUAGGGCUUUACUUUCUUACUGUGGUGGGUUCAGUCAUAUGUUUCAAGAUUGAUGAAAUCUACUGAUCAUGUCUUUUUA